AUGGAUUGCGUUUUGAUUGCCAUUGUCACGAGUGUAGUAAUGCUGUUGGGUUUAAGGCGGUUUGUAUUCCCGCGGCGGACACCGGCACGGCUCCCUCCGGGUCCCAGACCCCUCCCGAUCAUCGGAAACCUUCACCAACUAGGUAAAAAGAAUCCGUACGAAACCCUGAGACAGCUGGCGAAAACGUACGGCCCUCUGAUGUCGAUCCGCAUAGGCAGCGUGCACACGGUGGUGGCGUCCGCACCGGAGACGGCCAUGGAGCUCCUCCAGCGCCACGGCCAGGCCUUCUCCGGCCGGUACGUCCCCCACGCGAUGGACGCGUGCGACUUCAGCAAGCUCUCCAUGACCUUCGGCCAGGCCGGGAAGGAGUGGCGCGACAAGCGCAAGAUGUGCAAGGAGAUCGUGUUCUCCGAGCGGUGCCUCGAGGGGAGCGAGGCCCUCCGCCAGGAGAUGCUGCAGCAGCUCGUGGAUCGCGUCGGGGCCCACAGCGACCGCGGGGAUGUGGUCAACGUCCACGAUGUGGUGUUCAUGGCCAACCUUAACCUCUUGCUCACCACCAUCUUCUCCAUCACCUCCCCGGACACCGCCAUGGUGAUGGAGUUGAAGGAGCUCAUGGACGAUUUUUUCUCCUUGUUCUUCGCUCCCAAUCUCGCCGACUACUUCCCCGUUCUCAGACCCUUGGAUCCGCAGGGGGUCAAGCGCAAGGCUGAGUUGAGCUUGGGUAAACUGUUGGCCAAAUUCCGUGAUUUUCUUAACCACAGGUUGGACCACAGAAGGAACAACGACAACCCCAAGAAGCAGGAUCUGCUCGAGGCAAUCAUCGAUAUCGCCCAAGGAAACCACUACAACUUCACCACACAAGAUAUCCCUUAUUUACUUUUCGAAUUAAUCGUGGGAGGAAUAGACACGAACUCGAACACGGUGGAGUGGAUCAUGACGGAGCUACUAUUCAACCCGGACAAACUAAAAAGGCUAAAACAAGAGAUAAAGAGUGUAGUGGGAGAGAAUGGGCAAAUCCGGGAGGCGGACAUCGCGUCCCUCCCGUAUCUGCAGGCAGUGAUCAAAGAAACCUUUCGUUAUCAUCCGCCCGGGCCUCUUGCGGUUACCCGGAUGUCAGAAGCCGAUCAAGAGGUGAAUGGUUAUACGAUUCCAAAAGGGACACAGAUAGUCAUCAAUACGUGGUCAAUGGCAAAAGAUCCGAGCAUCUGGACUGAUCCGGAAUCUUUUGAGCCAGGACGAUUCCUUGACAACAAAAUGGACUUCAAAGGCCACCAUUUCCAGCUCAUACCCUUCGGGGCGGGCCGGAGAAUAUGCCCCGGAAUGCCCCUGGCAACCCGGAUUCUGCAGAUGACCACCGCGGUUUUGGUUCAUAAUUUUGACUGGUUACUUGAGAAGGACAAGGAUCAUCCGGACCAUAAACAAGACAACUUUUCGAUAACCUUGUGCAAACCAACUCCACUUAGAGCUUUUCCGCUUAAAAUUUAA